GAUACAGCUGCUACCUGCCCACGGAUUUCGUUCAGGGGCUAGGCACCCUGGCACCGCUGGCGACUCUUGAGGUUCCGGACUUUGACUCCCAGCUGCCGGAAAUUGACGUGGCCUCGGUCGAGGGGCCGUCUGGCCAAGCCAUGCAGGAGGCGUCAGGACCGGCAGCGGCUGCUUCCUCUUCGCCCCGGUUGUCCGUGAACGCGUCGAGCGGUCAGCCACCCAGUAGGCAGGAACGGAAGGCUGAGAAGCGAAGUGAAUCUGCAGGGGCCGUGGGCGUGGGCGCGUCCGAGCCUCCCGCGGAACCCAAAGCGGUGGCCAAAGAUCCCCCGGAGACGGAGGAAGCUGCCAGCACCAAGGAGGAUGAUGCUGUGGCCAGCUCACAGAGCAGAAUCGCAGAGCUUGAGGCGUUCCGGCGGCUGCGUGGAGAGGGCAGCUUGGAGGCCCUGGAAGCAUUGCACCGGACGCGGCCUCCGCGAGACCGUUUGCGAGUCGCGGGCAAGGCUGACCUCCGCCAGAUCUCGGAAAGCUACGUGGAGUCACCACCCAAGGAGGUCCUCGCCAGAGUCAUGCAGGCAUCAGAAUACGCAGAGGAGCGAAAGCGAAUCGUUCUCCACAUGCAGGCUUGCUUGGCCGACAUGCGCUGGCGCCCAAUCCUCUCAGGAAUGUCCUUGCUCUCGGAAUUAUUGCAGCGGGGAUGCCACCGGCUUUUUGAGGAGAUGGCUCAGGGCUUCCACUUCGACCCACUUCAACGUCUCAGCCUCCUGGAGCGCUUCCAGUACGGCGAGGACCUGCGGGUGCAGAAGCUGAUUCGGCAGAAGGCCUCCAAUUUGCGCGAAGCUCUACUUGAGAAAUUGGCCUCCAGCACAGACAUGACACCAGUGGAGGAGUUGAGGGGAUUCUCAAAUGCCGAUGUCUUGGUCAAGCCAACACAGCGAAGGCAAGGGCCAAUCAAUGGUGUAGCAUUGAUCGGGCACACUGCCGAUACCGACGACGAAACCAGCGAUGGUGAGUUCUCGCCCCACGGCUUGCAGCAUGCGGCAUCGACGGUUUCGACAGAGUCCUGCGGGGACGGGGAUCUCCGCUGCGUGCUCGAAGGCCGGAGAGUCAAAACUGGUCCGGGCAACACCGAGCUGGUGAUGGCAGAAGUUUCCAUCUCGGGCAUCUGGGUGAAGUCCUUCAUCUGCACAGGCUCACGACGGGACUCAAGCGUUAGUUCCGCACCGGUUUCCAUGGACCGUCACGAGUAUGAGGAAGUCAUUGCCAACCAGCCCGUUGUGAUCGACAAUGGCUCUGGGGUCAUCAAGGCGGGGUUUGCCGGGGAUGACUCCGUCAAGCUGCUACAUCCUUCCUUUGUUGGCAGGCCAAAGCAUCAGCGAGUGAUGGCUGGUGCCGCCGAGGGUGAUAACGGAGACAUAUUUGUUGGCGAGCGCGCGGAAAAAUUUCGCGGCAUUCUGUCUCUCAAGUACCCCAUGGAGCAUGGCAUCGUGCAGCACUGGGAUGACAUGGAACUCAUUUGGCGCCAUGUUUACUCCGAGAUGAAAGUGAAUGCUGAGGAACAUCCAGUUCUCCUCACCGAGGCCCCGCUCAAUCCGCGGAAGAACCGUGAGAAAGCAGCGGAGAUCUUUUUCGAGACCUUCGGUUGCCCAGCGCUCUUCGUCUCUGCACAGGCCAUUCUUUCUCUGUAUGCGAGCGGAAGAACGACCGGGGUGGUCCUGGACUCCGGCGAUGGCGUGACGCAUGCCGUCCCUGUCUAUGAAGGAUUUGCCCUGCCACAUGCGGUGAUGAGGUCCGAUGUCGCAGGCCGUGACGUCACUGAUCACUUGCUGCUCCAGUUGCGCCGCACUGGGCAUGUUUUUCACACAUCCGCGGAAAGGGAAGUGGUCCGUCAGAUCAAGGAGAAGGAGUGCUACGUUGCACUGAAUCCGCAGAAAGAGGAGCAAGGAGAGCACGACAAGGCUUCCAUGCAGCACCAAUACAAGCUGCCGGAUGGCUCCGUGAUCCACUUGGGUGCAGAGAGGUUUCGAGCGCCAGAGAUCCUGUUUCAUCCCGACCCGAUUGGCCUGGAAUACCCAGGCAUCCACGAAUUGCUCGCCACCUCCAUCAACAGAGCCGACCUCGAUCUGCGGAUGACGCUCUUCUCCCAGAUCGUCCUAUCGGGGGGGUCCACGAUGUUCGAGAAGUUCGGUGACAGGCUUUUAAGCGAGGUGAAGAAACUUGCACCGAAGGACAUCAAAAUACGCAUUAUUGCACCACCAGAGCGAAAGCUCUCGACGUGGAUAGGUGGUUCAAUCCUGGCAUCCCUAGCAACAUUCAAGAAGAUGUGGGUUACUAAAGAAGAGUUCAAAGAAGAUGGGUACUCCAUUCUGCAUAAGAAAGCUUUCUGA